AUGAAGCUCCUCUUCCUCCUUCUCGCCUCUUCAGCGGUGGUCUUUGCCGAGCCAUCCUCCUCCCACUCCCCUCCUACCUCCCCCAGAUCCAUAGAUCUCGGCCGCUACUGCUACCCACCCAUCCUCAACUCCGACGCCGCCCACCUCCUCACCUGCCCCAGCGAAGACCUCGACCCGCGCUACACCUCCGGCCCCACGACCCCACCACCACCGCCUCGCAAGCGCAAAAAGAAGAACCCGAACGCGCAAUGGGACAAGAUCGGCCCGUGCCUCCGCGCCAACGUCACGGACCCGGACUCGACCGAGUUCUGCAUCUACUACAGCAGUGCCCUAGGAUCCGGCCGCGGCGUCGUCGUGCUCACCGAAGCCGAACGCGCCGACUACAUGCUCCGGUACCCGGCCUUCGACCCCGACUCCGACCUCGCUGAAUCGAUGGCCGGCGGUCCGGGACUGAACAAGUUCACGCCCAAGGCGAAAGUAGUUCCGAUCCCGGGGAAGGAGUACGGCGUUGUGGCGACGGAGACGAUUUUCAAGGGGGAGAGCAUCAUCGCGGAGACGGCGAGCUUGCUGAUCGAUUAUAACCCCGUGUAUAAGCUGGCCGAGAAGGAUCUGUUGAGGUUGCAGGCUUUUGGGAUCGAGUAUUUGCCUGGGGCGCAUAGGGAGAGGGUGUUGAAUAUGUCGACGCAUGGGGCUUCGAUGGAUGUUGUGCAUAAGUUGGAGAAGGUGCUGGUGACGAAUGCGUUUGAGGUGAAGUUGGAUGAUGAGAAUGAGAAUAAUCUUUAUGCAUUGUUUGCAGAUACCGCGCGGAUGAACCACGACUGUCGCCCCAAUGUAGGCUACCACUGGGACUACAAAACCUUCACACAAUACGCCACAGCCCUCCGAACAAUCUACCCCGGCGAAGAACUCACCGUAUCUUACAUCAACGGCCUCCGCCCCCAUCACAAACGUCAAUCCGGCCUCCGCCGCUCCUGGGGCUUCACCUGCACCUGCCCCGUCUGCUCCCUCUCCGCCGCCCAAAUCGCCACCUCCGACGCGCGCCUCGCCCAAAUCAAACUAGCCCGCCGGGCCCUCGCCGACCGCACCCCCUCUUCCCCGGCAACGCCGCAGCUCGCCGAGAUGCUCAUCAGCCUUUUGGAGCAGGAGAGGAUGCACGUGCUGAUGGGGGAGGCGUACACGUACGCUGCGCUGGAGUGGAACGGGGUCGGGGAGGCGUGGACGGCGAUGCGGUAUGCGCGGCGGGCGAUCGAGGAGGAGGUUUUGCAGGUGAGGGAGGAGAGGGGGGAGGAUGUGGAGGAUAUGUUGGAGUUGGCGGAGGAUCCUUGGGAGCAUUGGAGUUGGUUGUGGAGGACUAGGAAGAGGAUGGGGUGGAAGCCCUUGAGGGAGGAGAAGAAGAAGGAGAUUGAGAAGGAUGUGGAGGAGGUGAAGGAGGAGGUGGAAGAGGCUGCGGCUGUGGAGGUGGGAGAGGGAGAGGGAGAGAGUCACGAAGGUGAAGGUAAAGGGGAGGGAGAUUCGGAGAAGCGAGCAGAGGCAUGA